ACAGUGGAUCACAACUCAACAGAAACAUAUCAGCUCAACAUUGUAGCAAAGCAGAAUCGUACUACUGUCACUUCUACAACAAUGGUUUUCAACUACACUGAUCAGAGAUAUGAUAUACCAUGUAAUACUGUGGGGUCAUCAGCUAUGAGUGUCACUUGGACAUCCACUUUAGAUCUUAAAACAAAGGUGGUGAACACAAUGAAUGGAACAUCUCAAAAUGGACUGUUGGAAUACGUGAACUCUACUUUCAGCUUCAUGGGAAAUGAUUCCAGUAUAAUGCUUACCAGAGAUAACCCAGCUGGUGUGAUGUUCAAUGUGACAUGCACUACAGCAUACAAAGCCAAUUUGAAUUGUAGAUUUGCAGUAGUCGGUCCAGUAGUAACCCAGCCCUCAAAGGAUGUACUGGACCGGUGUGAUGGAGCAGUCAAGCCUUUGUCAACAACAUACGCCAUCAUCAUUCAAGGAUCCUGUCCCCUGUUAGAAUUCCGUCGUGGUUAUGAAUACAAUACUACUUUGUCCAAUGCCCCUGGAACUGUUCUUGGCAUUUCAUGUCGUGCCGGCUUUACUGUGGAUCCAAGUACGAGUUCCAUUGACACUGUAACAUGUCAAGCUAAUGGAAUGUGGACAGCUCUUCCGAAUUGUGCAGAUAUUGAUGAAUGCUCACCUAGUCCAUGUCCUGUCAGUGCAACAUGUCAAAAUCUGGAGAAUAGAUUUGACUGUGGAUGCCUUCCUGGAUAUUCUUAUCACCGAGAUACGAAUGAAUGUCAAAAUAUCAAUGAAUGCUUGACUGUGUGCAAAGACGAGGGUACCAGUUGCACUGACACAGUUGGAAGUUACAAAUGUGAAUGCAAAACGGGAUUUGAUGGAGUUGCACCUUUUUGCACUGGUUAGUAUGCUGUUAACAUG